AUGAGUGACCUCCAACGUUCUUUUGCCAAAGCAAAGCUUGCCGCUUUACCAUUCGAACCGCCCUUCCUCCUUUCUCCUGAAGAAGACGAAGAGAAGGAUCAAGAUGAUGAAUAUGGCGAUUUGAGACCAUCACCAGAUGCUGCUCAAGACGAUGACUCCUCAUCUUCCGCAUCCUCGGCUUCAUCUACGGGUACGAUAAUACCCUCUCCGAGUAAGAAUCUUUUUGCUAGGCCCAAGGUUUCCGCUGGUAGAAGGACGCUAGAGCCACUUCCUUGGAAUGACUACUUCACUCGAGAGCUCUAUUUGAAAGUCUCUCGUCCCACAGAGAAUGUCACAUAUCAUGCAUAUAUAAUACCACCCACGGCUAAUGGCCCUCUCCUGGUAACCCAUCACGGAGCCGGCUCCUCGGGUUUAUCAUUUGCUCUUUUCGCUGUUCAGGUGCGGAAAGUUCUUCCAAACGCUGGGGUACUGUCUCUUGAUGCUCGAGGUCAUGGGGAGACCGUUAUUGAGCAGCUUGAUAGGCCAAGCAACAAUACCGAUCUCGACCUUAGUCUGGAGACCUUAAGUCAAGACCUGCUGGAUGUCAUACACGUGACCCAAACGCAGAUGGCGUGGCCGGAAUUACCUGGCCUAGUCUUGAUCGGCCACAGUCUCGGUGGGGCUGUGGUGACAAAUGUAGCCGUGAACGGAGAGCUUGGUAAUGCGGUCUUAGGCUAUGCUGUUCUGGACGUUGUUGAAGGGUCUGCGAUCGAUGCACUGCAAAGUAUGCAGUCCUAUCUGUCCACCAGACCGAAGACUUUCCCCUCCAUCACUUCGGCUAUCGAAUGGCAUACACGCUCUCGCACAAUCCGCAACAGUACAUCUGCACGCAUCUCUGUCCCGUCUCUUCUUCGUCGUGAUCCUUCAAACGCAUCUCAUCAAUGGACCUGGCGAACGGACCUCGCAGCCACCCAGCCCUACUGGGAAGGCUGGUUUGCUGGCCUCAGCCGAAAGUUCUUGGAUGCAAAGGGUGGAAAGCUGCUUCUACUUGCUGGCACUGAUAGAUUAGACAAGGAAUUAAUGAUUGGACAAAUGCAAGGGAAAUACCAAUUGCAAGUAUUUCCCGAAGCGGGCCAUUUCGUUCAUGAAGAUCAAGCGGAGAAAACCGCAAUGAUAGUUGCAGAUUUCUAUCGCAGAAACGAUAGAAGUGCGUUGGUGCUGCCGCCGAAAGUGGGAGCAAUGUCGAAACCGAAAACUUUAGCUUGA